AGGCAAUAAACUUUCAGUGAUGUAUUAUGACAGGCCAGCAGAAAGGUUUAAAAUGAGAAGUGAGGGGAGCAUUUGUCUUCUCAGGACAGUGGGAUUCAACAUAGGACUAGAUUCAAGUGGCUUCACAGGGAUAUUCUAGUGUUAAAACUCCAUAUCAGUCCAAAGAUGACGGUUUCCUACACCCUUGAGGUGGCCGAUGCCAAGUUUGGUGGCUUUUCCAAGCUCCUGUUCAGAUGGAAAGGGAGCAUCUACAGGUUGCUUUACAAGGAAUUCCUGAUGUUUUGUGGGCUGUACAUAUUUUUCAGUGUGUUUUACAGGUUCCUCCUCACGCCAAAGCAGCAGGACCUUUUUGAACGCAUCGCCCUUUACUGUGACCAGUUUACCAACACCAGCUUCAUCCCAGUUUUGUUUGUAUUGGGUUUCUAUGUCACCUUGGCCUUUAAUCGCUGGUGGGGUCAGUACACCAGCUUCCCGCUGCCUGACAACCUGAUGAUGGCGGUGUCUGGGAACGUGCACGGGACAGACGAGAGAGGCCGCUUGCUGCGACGCACGCUCAUGAGAUAUGCCAACUUGUCCUCCGUUCUCAUCCUCCGCUCCAUCAGCACCAGAGUCCACAAGCGCUUUCCAACUUUGGAGCACAUUGUGGAAUCUGGAUUUAUGACGUCACUCGAGCUCAAAAAGUUCGAGUCUCACCACUCUGACUUCAACAAGUACUGGAUGCCUUUGACUUGGUUUGCAAAUCUGGCCUCCAGAGCGAGAGAGGAGGGUCGAGUGCGGGACGACAUCGCGUUGAGACUCCUCAUGGAUGAGCUCAAUAAUUACAGAGCCAAGUGCAGCCUCCUGUUCCACUACGACUGGAUCAGCAUCCCUCUGGUCUACACUCAGGUAGUCACUGCAGCAGUUUACUCGUUUUUUGGUUUCUGUCUGAUCGGGCGGCAAUUUCUGAAUCCUGCGAAGGGGUACAAGAAUCACCAGCUGGACAUGUAUGUGCCCGUCUUCACGCUGCUGCAGUUCUUCUUCUACACCGGCUGGCUCAAGGUCGGGGAACUGAUCAUCAAUCCAUUUGGGGAGGAUGAUGACGACUUUGAAACCAACCAGCUGAUUGACCGUAACAUUGAGGUGUCCAUGCUGGCUGUGGAUGAUAUGUAUCAGAAUCUACCACCGACUUUGAAGGACAAGCACUGGGAGCAGAAACAUUUCUCCGUCCCCUACACACUGUCCACAGCGGUGGAGACUCUCAGGCCAGCCUUCAAGGGCUCCACCUAUGACAUGAGGAUGAGCGCUGAGGAUCUUGAGAUUCACCAGCCUGAGGACGCUCCUUUAGAUGCACAGUGUUUACCUCUGAAGGGCUCCGUGGGCAAUGGUCUCGACAAACUUCUGCAGAGGGGCAAGGGCGCUUUCCGUGGCGGGAGCCUGCCAUCUUUGAUCGACUCCAAUGAGGAUUAUGAAGGUGAUGCUGAUGCUGAGGGGAUGGAUGUCUGCGCCCUUCCUCCUGAGGCUGGAAUCAGCACCACGAAGCAAGAGAGAGCUUUGAUUAGCAUCGCAGUGCAUCACGCCCAGUGA